CCUCAUCAAACUUUCUAAUUCUCCGUCAUCAAAUUCUCCUUUCUAAUCAUCAACACCAUCCUCGUCAUCCCUCUAUUACUCACCCUGUCGUCGAGCUACACACCGCUCGGUACUAGCGUGCCUUUUCCUUAUCUCUCGUCGGGCCGUGCUCAAAAAACCACGCCAGGACAGACAAGCACUCAACUCACUCCCUGCACACCAUGGCUACUCCAUCUCCUCCUGCGCCUCCCGUGGGCCCAAGUACCAUGAUCACCGUCAAGGUGCUGUACAAUGAAAAUACUCGCCGGUUCAAGCUGCCGCUGAGAGAGCUGGGAGCUCGCACUCUACCCCAGAAUCUCCGCCAACUCCUGGGUGUUCCCGACGAUGUUAACGUCAUCUUCGAACGCUAUUCCGACAGCGCCGGGAGCUACAUUCGCCUGGAUGGCAGUAAUCCCGCCGUCUACAAACAGCUCUACCGUGCUGCCAAGGCCAAGCUGAAGCUGCGCAUUAAGGCCACCACUGUCGAGGAUCCUGCCGCCUCCCACUCAUCCCUGUCCGCGGAUCUCCCCGAACAGCAGAACGCGUCAAGUGCUUCCGGCUCGGCCUCUGCCCUGCCUGAGAACCCCAUCGACUCUAUUCCCGCGGUAUCCCAGUCCACAGAAUGGUCGGCCCCCGACAACACUGCUCAACCUCAGUACCGUGAUUUCGUCUUGAACCAGGACAGCCUGGACAUGCCCGUCGUCUCGCACACCUCGCCCAACGGGAUCUUCUGCAUCGAUUGCAACCACUGUGGCCGGUCCAUCGCCAACGAACACUACCACUGCGGCAUCUGUGAUGAAGGCGAUUACGACCUGUGUCUUAUGUGUGUCGACUCGGGCGUGUCUUGCCUCAACGAGGAGCACUGGUUGAUCAAACGUAUUGUCCGAAAUGGUCUGGUUGCCAACAGCAUCACCGAAACAAUUGCACCUCGGAAGACUCGCGAGCAGCCACAGGAGGUGCCUGAGGUGCCUAAGGAGGUUCCCGAAGUGCCUAUGGAGGCGUCCGAGGAGGUGCCCGAGGAGAAGGUCGAGCAGCUCGAGGAGUCCGUUCCGCAGUUGGUCUCAGAGAUCACUCCUGAGCCUGUUUCGUCUGCUCCAGAGCCCUCUGAAAGCACACAGGAGCGUAUCUGCAAUGACUGUCUUAAGGAACUCGACGAGACUAAGAUGGUUUCUUGCGUGGACUGCGACGACUAUGACCUCUGUAUUACAUGCCUCCUGAAGAACACGCACGGCCACCAUCCAGCCCACACCUUCUCGUUGAUUCACGACCGUGCCUUCUGCUUGAAGAGCCUGGUGGAAUCCCGCUGCAAGCCUGGACGCCAUCAUCACCAUGCUGCCAUCUGUGAUGGAUGUGAGAAGCGUAUCAUUGGCGUCCGGCACAAAUGCCUGACUUGCCCAGACUGGGACUACUGCUCAGAAUGUGCUCUCAUGGCGCCCCAGAUCCAUCCUGGUCAUCGGUUUGCCCCUCUCUACGACUCGAUCGCCGAGCCUUUGCAAAGCUAUGAGUUGCACUUCGGAAUCUACUGUGACGGGCCGCUGUGUAGAAACAAGCCGUGCCAGAGCUUCAUCACCGGGGUUCGUUACAAGUGUUCCGUGUGCGACGAUGUCGACUUCUGCGCGAAGUGCGAGGUCCACCCGAUGAACACCCACAACCAUACCCACCCCUUGGUCAUGCUCAAGACGCCUGUACGCAACGUUUCUGUCAGCACCGUCAAUGAGGACCGUGGUGGAUCUACAUGCACACUUGGCGACCGUACCCAGAGAUCGGCCUCCACCCAAGCCACCGCUCCUGCUGAGCCGGAGAGCGUGGUUCAGGAAGCGCCUGAGCCUGAGACAAAGACGGUCGAAGACCUCCAGCCCGUGGAGCAGCCUGUCUCUGUUGCAGAGCAGCCGCAGGCCGAGGCUGAAUCAUCCGAUCCCGCUUCUGACUACCAGGCCUUCUUCAUCCGUGAUACUGUUGCGGAUACCACCACCAUGCCCCCUAAUCAUGUCUUCCAGCAGACGUGGACUCUGUUCAACCCCGGUCCGCUCGCCUGGCCCGCUGGCACUGAUGUCCGGUUCGUCGGGGGCGAUUCGAUGUUCAACCUGGACACCAAUCACCCGCUGAGCCUGGAUUCCAUAUCAGCUGCCAUGGAGAGCAACAAGCUUCCCGAGCCUCUGGAACCGGGCCACAGCGCCGAGUUCACGGUGACUCUCAAGACCCCAGGCCGACAGGGCACCGCCAUCUCCUACUGGCGCCUGAAGCUCCCCAACGGCAUGCCUUUCGGUCACCGUCUGUGGUGCGACGUUCAGAUUCGCGAUGAAGUCCCACCUCCCGCCGAGGUUGCGACCGUGCCGGAGACCGAGCAGCCCGCCGAGGCCCCUGAAGAGAAGGAGGCGGAGGCGGUGGGCAGUCAAAUGAUCUUCCCCAAGUUGGAGAAGGAGUCCCCGGCCUCGAGCACUCACGAGGCCGCGGCCACUGCUCCGGUCGCUCCCUCGGUGUCGACCCGCUCGGAGCAGGAGAUCUUUGACGAUAUGGAGAGCUUGACCCUGGGCGACGAGGAGACCGACAUUGGAGGCUGGACCGACGAGGAGUACGAUAUUCUGGACGCCAGCGACCAUGAGUAUCUGGAGGCGAAGCGGCAUUAACCGACGGGUUGGCUCCACGGUGGCCAUGAAUUACGGACCUUUUGGGGCUUGGCCUUGGACUUGGGAUUACGGCGUUUCGUUAGGCAAGGAUGAUGAAAUACUCUGCACUUGCUCUUUGCAUCUUGUUUUAUUUACCCCCGCCCGAGAUCGACUGGGGAAGACUGCCUGCCUAGUGCGUGAGGGCCGGUCGCCCAGCUGGCAAAAGUUAUCGUCACCAACCUGUACCAGGCCCGAAUCUGGGGACUAUCUGCUGUAACUC